GCAAGCAAUGCGAAUUCUUUGCAUCGUGCAUCAUUUCACUGCAAAGCUAUGUCUUCCCAAGAACAAGGGCCACACUUUGUCCUGUUUCCAUUGAUGGCCCAAGGCCACAUGAUCCCGAUGAUGGACAUCGCCAAACUAUUGGUUCACCGCGGUGUGACUGUGACUGUCGUCACCACUCCGGGUAACGCAGCUCGUUUCACACCAAUCUUUGAUCGUUAUGUUGGGUCAGGACUUCCUAUUAGAUUAGCUCAACUUCCAUUCCCAUGUGAAGAAGUUGGACUGCCAGAAGGAUGCGAGAAUAUCGAUAUGAUACCUUCACUUGGCACGGCCAGGACUUUCUUCGAAGCAACAAACCUUCUGCAUCAACCGGCGGAAAAACUCUUCGGAGAGUUUUGGCCACCACCAAGCUGCAUAAUAUCUGAUAUGUGUUUGCCAUAUACAUCCCAUAUCGCCAAAAAAUUCAAUAUCCCAAGGAUUUCCUUUGUUGGGGUAAGUUGCUUUUGUCUUUUGUGUCAUCAUACUAUACUCGUCAAUAAUGUUAGGGAGAACAUAGCAUCGGAUUCGGAGUACUUUGUAUUGCCUGGUAUCCCUGACAAGAUUGAGAUGACCAUGAAACAAAGUGGAGUAUCGAUGAAUGAAACAUGGGUACAGUUUCGCGAAGAAGUUAUGGCUGCUGAAAUGGCUACGUAUGGGGUAAUCAUGAAUUCUUUUGAAGAGUUGGAGCCAGCGUAUGCAAGGGAAUACAAGAAGGUGAAAGAUGAUAAAGUGUGGUGCAUAGGACCUGUGUCUCUUAUUAACAAGGAUCACUUGGAUAAGGCUCAAAGAGGUAGGGCUUCAGUUGAUGAGUCUGAACAUAUAAAAUGGCUUGAUUGUCAGAAGGCAGGGAGUGUAAUCUAUGCAUGCCUUGGAAGUCUGUGCAAUUUAACAGCACCCCAAUUGAUAGAGCUUGGUUUGGCCUUAGAAGCAUCAGAAAGACCCUUCAUUUGGGUUAUCAGGGAAGGAAAACAUUCAGAAUCAUUGGAAAAGUGGAUCGAGGAAAAUGGAUUUGAGGAAAGAACAAGUUGUAGAAGCCUUGUGAUUCGGGGUUGGGCACCUCAAUUGUUAAUAUUAUCACACCCUGCAAUUGGAGGGUUCAUAACACACUGUGGUUGGAACUCUACCUUAGAAGCUAUAUGUGCUGGUGUUCCAAUGAUUACGUGGCCACUGUUUGCGGAUCAGUUCUUGAAUGAAAGUCUGGUGGUGAAGGUUCUGAAAGUUGGAGUGAAGGUUGGGGUGGAAAGUCCGAUGACAUGGGGCAAGGAAGAGGAAGUCGGUGUGGAAGUGAAGAAGGAAGACAUUGAAAGGGCAAUAGCAGAGAUAAUGAAUGAGACAAGUGAAAGUGAAGAAAGAAGAGAAAGGGUUAGAGAAUUAGGUGAGAUGGCUAAAAGAGCCGUGGAGAAAGGGGGGUCCUCUCAUUCUAACGUCUCUUUUCUUAUCCAAGAUAUCAUGCAAAGAAACAAGGGAGAUACGCCAUAGUUCAUUAGCCAUACACCACUUUUUCACUUUUAAGAUUUUUUCUUUCAAAUGUUGUCCGUGAUGCCUUUAAUAAAAUUUACGAAGUUUCCAUGUUUA